AUGGCCACCACUUCACAUAUGUUCAUGUACUCCCUGACGAUCCAGGCCCCUUCUGCGGUCACUCAGGCUAUUUUGGGCCAAUUUGCGGGUACCAAAGAGCAACAGAUCGUCACGGCGUCGGGCUCGAGGCUCACAAUCCAUCGCCCCGAUCCGGCCCAGGGAAAGGUCACUCCUAUUUUCUCCCAAGAUGUCUUUGGCAUUAUCCGCUCUCUGGCUGCCUUCCGUCUUGCAGGUAGCAGCAAAGAUUAUAUCAUCAUCGGCUCUGACUCGGGACGUAUUACCAUCAUUGAAUAUGUGCCGUCUCAAAACCGUUUCAACCGAAUUCACCUUGAGACUUUCGGCAAGUCCGGUGUUCGUCGUGUGAUCCCCGGUCAAUAUUUGGCUGUUGACCCGAAAGGCAGAGCAUGCCUCAUUGCAUCGCUCGAGAAGAACAAGCUUGUCUAUGUGUUGAAUCGGAACUCACAGGCUGAGCUGACAAUUUCAUCUCCUCUCGAAGCCCACAAACCCCAGACCUUGGUAUUUAAUGUGACCGCCUUGGAUGUUGGGUAUGAAAACCCGAUAUUCGCGGCUCUGGAGGUGGACUAUUCCGAGUCGGACCAGGAUCCUACGGGGCAAGCUUUCGAAGAGAUCGAGAAGCUACUGGUGUACUAUGAACUCGACCUCGGCCUGAAUCAUGUUGUCCGCAAAUGGGCGGAUCCGGUCGACCGUACCGCAUCGAUGCUGUUCCAAGUGCCUGGAGGUGCAGACGGGCCCAGUGGUGUCCUGGUAUGUGCAGAAGACAACAUUACCUACCGACACUCAAACCAGGAUGCCUUUCGAGUUCCCAUUCCUCGGCGUCGCGGUCCUACAGAAAACCCCGAGCGGAAACGGACCGUCGUCGCCGGGGUAAUGCACAAAAUGCGGGGUGCCUUCUUCUUCCUUCUUCAGACUGACGACGGAGAUCUUUUCAAAAUUACGAUCGACAUGGUUGAGGAUGACAAUGGGCAGUUAACCGGUGAAGUGAGGCGGCUGAAGAUCAAAUACUUUGACACCGUCCCCAUUGCUUCCAGCUUGCUGAUCUUGAAAAGCGGUUUCCUCUUUGUCGCCAGUGAGUCUGGUAACCAUCACUUUUAUCAGUUUGAAAAGCUGGGUGAUGACGAUGAAGAGAUUGAAUUCAACAGCGACUCUUAUUCAGCAGAUCCGUCUGUUCCGUACGAGGCCAUCUACUUCCAACCAAGGGGUGCAGAGAACCUCAAUCUUGUAGAGACCAUCAAUUCCGUCAAUCCUCUGAUCGACAGCAAGAUUGUCAACCUCUCGGAUGACGAUGCCCCCCAGAUUUAUACGAUUUCGGGCACCGGGGCCCGCAGCAGUCUGAGAACCCUUAAACAUGGCUUAGAGGUCUCGGAGAUAGUUGAAUCGGAGCUUCCCAGCGUGCCUUCCGCUGUAUGGACGACAAAAUUGACUCGGGCUGAUGAAUUCCAUGCCUACAUUGUUUUGUCAUUCGCUAACGGCACCCUCGUUCUGAGCAUUGGUGAGACUGUAGAGGAAGUUACGGAUACCGGCUUCCUCUCUACGGCACCUACGCUUGCAAUUCAACAACUUGGAGAGGAUUCUCUGCUCCAGAUCCAUCCCCGCGGUAUCCGUCAUAUCAUGGUGGAUCGUCGGGUGAAUGAGUGGCCAGCCCCGCAGCAUCGCUCAAUUGUUGCGGCGGCUACCAAUGAGCGCCAAGUCGCUAUCGCUCUAAGUUCAGGCGAAAUCGUGUAUUUCGAGAUGGACGCCGAUGGGUCGCUUGCCGAGUACGAUGAACGGCGCCAGAUGUCUGGCACUGUCACCUCCCUCAGCCUGGGUGAGGUCCCCGAGGGCCGAGUUCGCAGUUCGUUUUUGGCCGUUGGAUGUGACGAUUCGACGGUCCGUAUACUGAGCUUGGAUCCAGACUCUACGCUGGAGAACAAGUCUGUUCAAGCGCUCACUGCCGCUCCGUCUGCCCUCGAGAUCAUCUCGAUGGCUGAUUCUAGCUCUGGAGGCACUACACUUUAUUUGCACAUUGGCCUUUAUUCCGGUGUCUAUCUCCGGACGGUUUUGGAUGAAGUAACUGGCGAACUCUCUGACACCCGCACAAGGUUCUUGGGAUCGAAGCCUGUUAAGCUGUUCCAGGUUUCCGUCAAAGGACAGACGGCUGUUCUUGCCCUCAGUUCCCGUCCCUGGCUGGGUUAUUCGGACAUCCAGACCAAAGGGUUUAUGCUCACACCAUUGGACUAUGUACCCCUUGAAUGGGGCUGGAAUUUCUCGAGUGAACAGUGCGUGGAGGGUAUGGUCGGUAUCCAAGGACAAAACCUGCGGAUAUUCUCCAUCGAGAAACUGGACAACAAUAUGUUACAACAGUCUAUCCCUCUCUCAUAUACUCCCCGUCGUUUCUUAAAGCAUCCCGAGCAGCCGUUGUUCUAUGUCGUCGAAUCUGACAACAAUGUUCUGUCACCGACCACUCGGGCCACACUAAUUGAGGAUUCCAAGACUCGAAACGGUGACACAACGGUUCUACCUCCUGAAGAGUUUGGGUACCCUCGGGGCACCGGGCACUGGGCCUCAUGCAUUCAAGUGGUAGACCCUGUAGAUGCCAAAGCGGUAAUUUCGACCAUUGAGCUCGAGGAGAACGAAGCUGCGGUCAGCAUUGCGGCCGUGUCGUUUACCAGUCAGGACGAUGAGACUUUCUUAGUGGUAGGAACGGCCAAAGAUAUGAUCGUCAACCCACCAUCCUCCGAAGGAGGCUUUAUCCACAUAUACCGGUUCCAGGAGGACGGUAAGGAGCUGGAGUUUAUCCACAAGACCAAGGUCGACGAGCCACCCCUUGCUCUUCUCGGGUUCCAAGGCCGCCUUGUUGCUGGCAUUGGACCGAUGCUUCGGGUCUACGAUUUGGGUAUGAAGCAACUUCUUCGGAAAUGUCAGGCGCAUGUGGUUCCGAAGACCAUCGUGGGACUUCAAACCCAAGGCAGCCGAAUCGUCGUGAGUGACGUCCGCGAGAGUGUUACCUACGUCGUGUACAAAUACCAGGAGAACGUCCUCAUCCCUUUUGUGGAUGACUCAGUUUCCCGAUGGACAACCGCAACCACGAUGGUGGAUUACGAGACCGUCGCUGGCGGCGAUAAGUUUGGUAACCUGUGGUUGCUGCGAUGCCCGAAAAAGAUCUCGGAAGAGGCGGACGAGGAGGGAUCGGGUGCACACCUGAUCCACGAGCGAGGCUAUCUCCACGGAACACCCAAUCGGCUGGAGCUUAUGAUUCAUGGGUAUGCCCAGGACAUCCCGACCAGCGUACACAAGGCGCAACUCGUGGCUGGAGGACGGGACAUCCUUGUGUGGACGGGAUUCCAGGGCACGAUCGGCAUGUAUGUGCCAUUCGUCGGCCGCGAGGAUGUUGACUUCUUCCAGAAUCUGGAAAUGCAGCUGGCAUCCCAGAACCCUCCCCUGGCCGGACGGGACCAUCUGAUCUACCGAAGUUACUAUGCCCCCGUGAAGGGGGUCAUCGACGGGGAUCUGUGCGAAACGUAUUUCUUACUUCCUAGUGAUACGAAGAUGAUGAUUGCCGCAGAGUUGGAUCGUUCCGUCCGGGAGAUUGAACGGAAGAUCUCGGAUAUGCGGACCAGGGUGGCGUACUGA